AUGCGCGAUACACCCUCCAAAUUCAUCGAGAUCCUCGAUCCAAAGGACUCGCCUCUACGCUCCGAGUCCGACGUCCGGCUAGAAGAUGUCCUCGCAGAUCACGAAGCCACUAUCGGUGGUCGUCCUCGCUCCUCUACGCAAUCGUCUUCUAAGCCCGAAGACAAAGGACAUCUUUCGCGGACUAGUUCGACGUCACCUACCGCGCGCUGGAAACGGUUUAGCAAUAUCCUAGCCCAGCCGCGACGAAACUCAUAA